GCUUCCUAUUUAAGCACAAUCUGAGGCUCAAAAAUCCAGAGUCUUGCUCGAGUAGUUGAAAUGGUCGUUCUAAGUUGUUUUAUUUGGCUUGCCCUUUACCAAGGUGCCGUUGUAGCGAUGAAUGGCAGUGAAAUUAAAUUCGGGGACGAAUCAGCUACAGAAUCUGCUGAAAAAUAUCCUGUCCACUGCUGGCAUGAUCCUUUUUUCCCGGGCUGUCCAUUUCGUCCGGGAGAAGGCAAUAAUUCCACCACUAAGACUUCAACAGAUCCAACAACCCAAAAGACUACGAACGAACCAACCAGUGAGAAAUCAACAAAAGUGAAGACAACCACCAUAAAAUCAACAGCAGAGCCAACAACCCAAAAAGCAACAAAAGAUCCAACCACUGAGAACACAACAACUCAGAAGACAACCACCAUUAAAUCGACAACAACCACCAUUAAAUCGACAGCAGAGCCGACAACCCAAAAGACAACUACUGAAAAGACAACAAAAGAGCCAACCACUGAGAAAACAACAACACUGAAGACAACCACCAUUAAAUCGACAACAACCACCAUUAAAUCGACAGCAGAGCCGACAACCCAAAAGACAACUACUGAAAAGACAACAAAAGAGCCAACCACUGAGAAAACAACAACACUGAAGACAACCACCAUUAAAUCGACAGCAGAGCCGACAACUCAAAAGACAACUACUGAAAAGACAACAAAAGAGCCAACCACUGAGAAAUCAACAACUCAUAAGACAACCACCAUUAAAUCGACAGCAGAACCGACAACCCAAAAGAUAACUACUGUUAAGACAACAAAAGAGCCAACCACUGAGAAAACAACAACACUGAAGACAACUACGAUUAAAUCGACAGCAGAGCCGACAACUCAAAAGACAACUACUGAAAAGACAACAAAAGAGCCAACCACUGAGAAAACAACAACAGUGAAGACAACCACCAUAAAAUCAACAGCAGAGCCAACAACCCAAAAGACAACUACUGAAAAGACAACAAAAGAGCCAACCACUGAGAAAACAACAACACUGAAGACAACCACCAUUAAAUCGACAGCAGAGCCGACAACCCAAAAGACAACUACUGAAAAGACAACAAAAGAGCCAACCACUGAGAAAACAACAACUCAGAAGACAACCACCAUUAAAUCGACAGCAGAGCCGAAAACCCCAAAGACAACUACUGAAAAGACAACAAAAGAGCCAACCACUGAGAAAACAACAACACAGAAGACAACCACCAUUAAAUCGACAGCAGAGCCGACAACCCAAAAGACAACUACUGAAAAGACAACAAAAGAGCCAACCACUGAGAAAACAACAACACUGAAGACAACCACCAUUAAAUCGACAGCAGAGCCGACAACUCAAAAGACAACUACUGAAAAGACAACAAAAGAGCCAACCACUGAGAAAUCAACAACUCAUAAGACAACCACCAUUAAAUCGACAGCAGAGCCGACAACCCAAAAGACAACUACUGUUAAGACAACAAAAGAGCCAACCACUGAGAAAACAACAACACAGAAGACAACCACCAUUAAAUCGACAGCAGAGCCGACAACCCAAAAGACAACUACUGAAAAGACAACAAAAGAGCCAAGCACUGAGAAAACAACAACACUGAAGACAACCACCAUUAAAUCGACAGCAGAGCCGACAACUCAAAAGACAACUACUGAAAAGACAACAAAAGAGCCAACCACUGAGAAAUCAACAACUCAUAAGACAACCACCAUUAAAUCGACAGCAGAGCCGACAACCCAAAAGACAACUACUGUUAAGACAACAAAAGAGCCAACCACUGAGAAAACAACAACACUGAAGACAACUACGAAGACAACCACCAUUAAAUCGACAGCAGAGCCGACAACCCAAAAGACAACUACUGAAAAGACAACAAAAGAGCCAACCACUGAGAAAACAACAACACUGAAGACAACCACCAUUAAAUCGACAGCAGACCCGACAACUCAAAAGACAACUACUGAAAAGACAACAAAAGAGCCAACCACUGAGAAAUCAACAACUCAUAAGACAACCACCAUUAAAUCGACAGCAGAGCCGACAACCCAAAAGACAACUACUGUUAAGACAACAAAAGAGCCAACCACUGAGAAAACAACAACACUGAAGACAACUACGGUUAAAUCGACAGCAGAACCGACAACCCAAAAGACAACUACUGAAAAGACAACAAAAGAGCCAAGCACUGAGAAAACAACAACACUGAAGACAACCACCAUUAAAUCGACAGCAGAGCCGACAACCCAAAAGACAACUACUAUAAAGACAACAAAAGAGCCAACCACUGAGAAAACAACAACACUGAAGACAACUACGGUUAAAUCGACAGCAGAACCGACAACCCAAAAGACAACUACUGCAAAAACAACAAGAAAACCAAAAACUGAGAAACCAACAACUGUAAGGACAACCACCAUUAAAUCGACAGCAGAGCCGACAACCCAAAAGACAACUACUGUUAAGACAACAAAAGAGCCAACCACUGAGAAAACAACACAGAAGACAACCACCAUUAAAUCGACAGCAGAGCCGACAACCCAAAAGACAACUACUGAAAAGACAACAAAAGAGCCAACCACUGAGAAAACAACAACACUGAAGACAACCACCAUUAAAUCGACAGCAGAGCCGACAACUCAAAAGACAACUACUGAAAAGACAACAAAAGAGCCAACCACUGAGAAAUCAACAACUCAUAAGACAACCACCAUUAAAUCGACAGCAGAACCGACAACCCAAAAGAUAACUACUGUUAAGACAACAAAAGAGCCAACCACUGAGAAAACAACAACACUGAAGACAACUACGAUUAAAUCGACAGCAGAGCCGACAACUCAAAAGACAACUACUGAAAAGACAACAAAAGAGCCAACCACUGAGAAAACAACAACAGUGAAGACAACCACCAUAAAAUCAACAGCAGAGCCAACAACCCAAAAGACAACUACUGAAAAGACAACAAAAGAGCCAACCACUGAGAAAACAACAACACUGAAGACAACCACCAUUAAAUCGACAGCAGAGCCGACAACCCAAAAGACAACUACUGAAAAGACAACAAAAGAGCCAACCACUGAGAAAACAACAACUCAGAAGACAACCACCAUUAAAUCGACAGCAGAGCCGAAAACCCCAAAGACAACUACUGAAAAGACAACAAAAGAGCCAACCACUGAGAAAACAACAACACAGAAGACAACCACCAUUAAAUCGACAGCAGAGCCGACAACCCAAAAGACAACUACUGAAAAGACAACAAAAGAGCCAACCACUGAGAAAACAACAACACUGAAGACAACCACCAUUAAAUCGACAGCAGAGCCGACAACUCAAAAGACAACUACUGAAAAGACAACAAAAGAGCCAACCACUGAGAAAUCAACAACUCAUAAGACAACCACCAUUAAAUCGACAGCAGAGCCGACAACCCAAAAGACAACUACUGUUAAGACAACAAAAGAGCCAACCACUGAGAAAACAACAACACAGAAGACAACCACCAUUAAAUCGACAGCAGAGCCGACAACCCAAAAGACAACUACUGAAAAGACAACAAAAGAGCCAAGCACUGAGAAAACAACAACACUGAAGACAACCACCAUUAAAUCGACAGCAGAGCCGACAACUCAAAAGACAACUACUGAAAAGACAACAAAAGAGCCAACCACUGAGAAAUCAACAACUCAUAAGACAACCACCAUUAAAUCGACAGCAGAGCCGACAACCCAAAAGACAACUACUGUUAAGACAACAAAAGAGCCAACCACUGAGAAAACAACAACACUGAAGACAACUACGAAAACAACAACACAGAAGACAACCACCAUUAAAUCGACAGCAGAGCCGACAACCCAAAAGACAACUACUGAAAAGACAACAAAAGAGCCAACCACUGAGAAAACAACAACACUGAAGACAACCACCAUUAAAUCGACAGCAGACCCGACAACUCAAAAGACAACUACUGAAAAGACAACAAAAGAGCCAACCACUGAGAAAUCAACAACUCAUAAGACAACCACCAUUAAAUCGACAGCAGAGCCGACAACCCAAAAGACAACUACUGUUAAGACAACAAAAGAGCCAACCACUGAGAAAACAACAACACUGAAGACAACUACGGUUAAAUCGACAGCAGAACCGACAACCCAAAAGACAACUACUGAAAAGACAACAAAAGAGCCAAGCACUGAGAAAACAACAACACUGAAGACAACCACCAUUAAAUCGACAGCAGAGCCGACAACCCAAAAGACAACUACUAUAAAGACAACAAAAGAGCCAACCACUGAGAAAACAACAACACUGAAGACAACUACGAAAACAACAACACUGAAGACAACUACGAUUAAAUCGACUGCAGAGCCGACAACCCAAAAGACAACUACUGAGAAAAGAACAAAGCAACCAACCACUGAAAAUACAACCACACAAAAGACAACGACUACCGCAAAAACGAAUGAACCCACAACAAAGAGAUCAACAACUUUAAGGACUACCGGAGAACCAACCACUCGUAAAAUAUCUACGGCAAAGACUACUCAAGAGCCAACCACUAAGAAGAGAACAACUGAAAAAACAACUCGUGAGCCAAACACUCGGAGGACAACCACCCAUAAGACAACAGUAGAACCAAUGACCAAGAGGACUACAACCAAAAAGACGACGCAUGAACCCACGACAAAGAGAUCAACAACUUUUAGAACUACCGCAGAACCAACCACUCGUAAAACAUCUACCGCAAAGACUACUCAAAAGCCAACCACUAAGAAGAGAACAACUGAAAAAUCAACUCGUGAGCCAACCACUCGGAGGACAACCACCCAUAAGACAACAGUAGAACCAACGACCAAGAGGACUACAACCAAAAAGACGACGCAUGAACCCACGACAAAGAGAUCAACAACUUUAAGAACUACCGCAGAACCAACCACUCGUAAAACAUCUACCGCAAAGACUACUCAAAAGCCAACCACUAAGAAGAGAACAACUGAAAAAACAACUCGUGAGCCAACCACUCGGAGGACAACCACCCAUGAGACAACAGUAGAACCAACCACCAUGAAGACUACAACCAAAAUGACGACGCUUGAACCCACGACAAAGAGAUCAACAACUUUAAGGACUACUGCAGAAGCAACCACUCGUAAAACGUCUACCACAAAGACUACUGCAGAGCCAACCACAUCGGUUAAGACAACAGCAGAAAAAACUACAAAAAGGACGACAGCUAAUAUGUUUACAACAACUCAGGAGCCAACAUCCGUAAAAAUUAAUACUAAUUCUUCUAAUCAGAGCAAAACUACCACGGAAUCAACCACUACCGAAGGACAACAUAUUCACCACCAACAUCACCAUAUUCAUUAUCACAAGCCCGCUGAUACAGGUCCAUCCUUCCUUCCACUUCCUGAUGUUCCGCCUCUGCCUUUGCCCCUGCCUUGGCCGCCAGUCCCACUUCCCGAAAUUCCUCUAUCUUUGCCUCCUUUACCUCCACCGUUGCCACCGCUGCCUCCACACCAACCAUUGCCGGAAGUAAACUUAACAGAAAUUUCUUUACCAGAAAUUUCCCUUCCUAAUUUGCCACAACUACCACAAUUGCCGAAUCCUUUUGGUGGGUUUCCAAACUUCUUUUGGCGAUCAUUAAAAGCUAAAAAUGAGUCCGCCUUCAAUAUGUAA